CAGAGCCUGGGCCCUUUGGUGCAGGCUCUGCCGAGGAGCCCGGCCUCGGCCUCCUGGACUCCAUGGGCCUCGACAGGAGACUCAGCCAGACCAACUGCUGGGGUUUCAUUGCAGCAGGACCCCAGACUUGACCCAGGCAGCAGGGGAGAAGCGCCCCAGCAGAGCCGGCUCUGGAAGGCCCCCCGGCUGUUCUCCUGGCUUGGGGUCCUUUCCCCAGUGGGCCUGCUUGGCACCAGGAGGGGCUGUGGCGGGUCAGGACAGCCUAAAAUCCCACAGAAUCGUGACCCAGAGGCCAGAACUCAGCUGACCUUCAGGACCAAAGGACUGUAGGUCCACCCUAGAGCACUGGACCUGGCUCAUAGUCAGACCCCCAGAUUGACAGGCCCCUGCAAGAGCUCAGAAAUGUAGUCACAGCUGGCAGGACAGGGGCUGGGUGGGGACAAGGCCCCUUGGGUCCCAGGCCUCCUCACGCAGGUGGGGUGCUACCCGUGUCCACUCUGAGGGCCCCUCUUGCUGGCCUCACAAAACCCCACACCCUGGGCCAGGGAGGAGGACCGCCCCACCCUGUCCUGCAGGGAUGGAGACCAGGGCAGCCAGGUCCUCCAGGGUCAUCAGCGGAUUCCAGAAAUGGGGAUUUUAAGGAUGAGAUCUCUCGAGUUUUCCAUAGUGCCAACUAGCUGGAAAAUAGACAGUGAUGAUCCUCGUGCGGCUGAAGCAGGUGCCCGCUUCCCGCCCCGCAGCCCGGCCGUCGGGAGACAGCUGCUUCCUCAUCCAUAAAGUAGGAUCAAUGAUAGUUCCGACCCCAGGAUGGGGUGAGAAGCACAGGCCUGUCCACGACCUUCCCCGUGCCCGUCCCUCCCGCAGGGCUACCUGGGGGGCCACACUCCGCAGCACGGAGCCUGCACCUCUCCCCAAGGGGCCCCCAGACACACUGCUGCGCCUUGGGACAGUCCUGAGGGUGUGGGAAGGCAGGAAACGUCCACCCUGGGACCCUGGAGGAGGAGCAGGUGGUGGAGGCAGAGCCCGGAGGGUGGGCCUAGCCGGCGCCUGGUACAUAGUAGGUGCUCCAUAAAUGUUUAUUGAAUGAAUGAAUGGAGGCCAUGCAGGCAGAGGCAGCCGUGGCGCGGGCACUGGUGAAAGCGGGUCCAGUGGAGACUGGAACCAGGUGACAGAUGGCCCUCUUCCUUUCUGCCCCCGUCUCUCGCUCGCUCCAGUCUCCUGUGGGGAUCUUCUGAAGUUCUGAGCCCAGAAUCCGAGGAGGAAGAGGAGGAGGAGGAGGGAGAGGAAGUCCAGGCCCCAGGACCGCGCUCCUUCCCCCAGGGAGGCGAGGAGCCAGCAGGGAGCAGGCCGUGGGCCCCCUGCCGCCCAGCGAGGCCCGGUGCCUGCUGGUAGCACCCCGCCGGCCCAGCCGUCGGCGCCUGCCGUGCCCACCUUGACUGGGGCUCCCGUGCUGGGGGUCGCCCCCAAGAUGGUGGCGGCCCCCGGGAGGACUGUGCUGCCAGCCCCAGCCUCUGGCCGCUAGGCCCGUGCUCGGCCCUCAGCUCAGCCAGGCCGCCGGCCCGAGGCCCCCGCCAUGCUGCGCCUGGGGCUGUGCGCGGCCGCGCUGCUGUGCGUGUGCGGGCCGGGGGCCGUGCGCGCUGACUGCUGGCUCAUCGAGGGGGACAAGGGCUACGUGUGGCUGGCCAUCUGCAGUCAGAACCAGCCGCCCUACGAGACCAUCCCGCAGCACAUCAACAGCACCGUGCACGACCUGCGGCUGAAUGAGAACAAGCUGAAGGCCGUGCUCUACUCCUCCCUCAACCGCUUUGGGAACCUCACCGACCUGAACCUCACCAAGAACGAGAUCUCCUACAUCGAGGACGGCGCCUUCCUGGGCCAGUCGAGCCUGCAGGUGCUGCAGCUGGGCUACAACCGGCUGAGCAACCUGACGGAGGGCAUGCUGCGCGGCAUGGGGCGCCUGCAGUUCCUCUUCGUGCAGCACAACCUCAUCGAGGUGGUCACGCCCGCCGCCUUCUCCGAGUGCCCGAGCCUCAUCAGCAUCGACCUGUCCUCCAACCGCCUCAGCCGCCUGGACGGCGCCACCUUCGCCAGCCUGGCCAGCCUGAUGGUGUGCGAGCUGGCCGGCAACCCCUUCAACUGUGAGUGCGACCUCUUCGGCUUCCUGGCCUGGCUGGUGGUCUUCAACAACGUCACCAAGAACUACGACCGCCUCCAGUGCGAGUCGCCGGAGUUCGCCGGCUACCCGCUGCUGGUGCCCCGGCCCUACCACAGCCUCAACGCCAUCACCGUCCUGCAGGCCAAGUGCCGCAACGGCUCGCUGCCCGCCCGGCCCGUGAGCCACCCCACGCCCUACUCCACCGACGCCCAGAGGGAGCCCGACGAGAACUCGGGCUUCAACCCCGACGAGAUCCUCUCCGUGGAGCCGCCGGCCUCGUCCACCACCGACGCCUCGGCCGGGCCCGCCAUCAAGCUGCACCACGUCACCUUCACCUCGGCCACCCUGGUGGUCAUCAUCCCGCACCCCUACAGCAAGAUGUACGUCCUGGUCCAGUACAACAGCAGCUACUUCUCGGACGUGAUGACGCUCAAGAACAAGAAGGAGAUCGUGACGCUGGACAAGCUGCGGGCCCACACCGAGUACACCUUCUGCGUGACCUCGCUGCGGAACAGCCGCCGCUUCAACCACACCUGCCUGACCUUCACCACGCGCGACCCGGUGCCCGGGGACCUGGCGCCCAGCACCUCCACCACCACCCACUACAUCAUGACCAUCCUGGGCUGCCUGUUCGGCAUGGUCAUCGUGCUGGGCGCCGUCUACUACUGCCUGCGCAAGCGGCGCAUGCAGGAGGAGAAGCAGAAGUCCGUCAACGUCAAGAAGACCAUCCUGGAGAUGCGCUAUGGGGCCGACGUGGACGCAGGCUCCAUUGUCCACGCCGCCCAGAAGCUGGGCGAGCCCCCCGUGCUGCCCGUGGCCCGCAUGUCCUCCAUCCCCUCCAUGAUCGGGGAGAAGCUGCCCGCCUCCAAGGGGCUGGAGGCCGGACUGGACACGCCCAAGGUGGCCACCAAAGGCAACUACAUCGAGGUGCGCACGGGUGCAGCGGGGGAUGGCCUGGCCAGGCCCGAGGAUGACCUUCCGGACCUGGAAAAUGGCCAAGGCUCGGCUGCUGAGAUCUCCACCAUCGCCAAGGAGGUGGACAAGGUCAACCAGAUCAUCAACAACUGCAUCGAUGCCCUCAAGCUGGACUCCGCCUCCUUCCUGGGGGGCGGCAGUGGUGGCGGGGACCCCGAGCUGGCCUUCGAGUGCCAGUCCCUCCCCGCGGCCGCCACCCCCUCCGCGGCCGCCGCGCCCGGGGCGCUGGAGCGGCCCAGCUUCCUCUCUCCCCCCUACAAGGAGAGCUCCCACCACCCGCUGCAGCGCCAGCUCAGCGCCGACGCCGCCGUCACCCGCAAGACCUGCAGCGUGUCCUCCAGCGGCUCCAUCAAGAGCGCCAAGGUCUUCAGCCUGGACGUGCCCGACCACCCGGCCACCACGGGGCUGGCCAAGGGCGACUCCAAGUACAUCGAGAAGGGCAGCCCGCUCAACAGCCCGCUGGACCGGCUCCCGCUGGUGCCCGCGGGCGGCGGGGGCGGCGGGGGCGGGGCGGUGCACCACCUGGAGGUGAAGCCCGCCUACCACUGCAGCGAGCACCGCCACAGCUUCCCCGCGCUCUACUACGAGGAGGGCGCCGACAGCCUGAGCCAGCGCGUGUCCUUCCUCAAGCCGCUGACCCGCGCCAAGCGCGACUCCACCUACUCCCAGCUCUCCCCCAGACACUACUACUCAGGGUACUCCUCCAGCCCCGAGUACUCCUCUGAGAGCACGCACAAGAUCUGGGAGCGCUUCCGGCCCUACAAGAAGCACCACCGCGAGGAGGCCUACGUGGCCGCCGGCCACGCCCUGCGCAAGAAGGUCCAGUUCGCCAAGGACGAGGACCUGCACGACAUCCUGGAUUACUGGAAGGGGGUCUCGGCCCAGCAGAAGCUGUGACCCUCUCCCCCGGGUGAGGCUGCGGGGGAGG